CCCCACCCCACCCCACCCCGCGUUAUUAUCACCCGGCGCCUCUUUCGCCUUCCCCCCCUGCCUGCUCGCCCGAGCAGCAGAUUCGGUUUCUCCCCGUUUCCCUUCUUGGCGCCGGCCGACUGCUGAGCUGAGCUAGGAGAAGGAGGCGUCGGUGUCGGUGGUGGUGGUGGUGGGGAUGGGGAACCAGCGGGCGGUGCUGGCCCUGCUAGCGGCGGCGGCGCUCCUCUCCUGCUCCGUCAGCGCGCAGGACACCGAGAGGAUCGAAGGGAGUGCUGGUGAUGUGCUGGAGGAUGAUCCGGUCGGGAGGCUCAAGGUGUACGUCUACGAGCUGCCCACCAAGUACAACAAGAAGAUGGUGGCCAAGGACUCCAGAUGCCUCAGCCACAUGUUUGCCGCCGAGAUAUUCAUGCACCGGUUCCUGCUGUCGAGCGCGAUCCGGACCAUGAACCCGGAGGAAGCCGACUGGUUCUACACUCCUGUGUACACAACCUGUGACCUUACUCCAUGGGGCCACCCCUUGCCGUUCAAGUCUCCACGGAUCAUGAGAAGCGCGAUUCAGUUCAUCUCUUCCCACUGGCCCUAUUGGAACCGGACGGCGGGGGCUGAUCAUUUCUUUGUUGUGCCACAUGACUUUGGGGCAUGCUUUCAUUAUCAGGAAGAGAAGGCAAUCGAGCGGGGAAUCCUUCCGUUACUUCGCCGUGCUACACUGGUCCAAACCUUUGGGCAGAAGGAUCAUGUCUGCCUGAAGGAAGGCUCCAUCAACAUUCCACCAUAUGCGCCUCCCCAGAAAAUGAAAACUCACCUUGUCCCUCCAGAGACACCGCGAUCAAUCUUUGUGUAUUUCCGUGGUCUAUUCUACGAUACGGCGAAUGAUCCUGAGGGUGGUUACUAUGCAAGAGGUGCCCGUGCGUCGGUUUGGGAGAACUUCAAGAACAACCCUCUGUUCGACAUCUCGACGGACCACCCACCAACCUACUACGAGGACAUGCAGCGCGCUAUAUUCUGCCUGUGCCCGCUUGGCUGGGCUCCGUGGAGCCCCCGUCUGGUGGAGGCAGUGGUGUUUGGGUGCAUCCCGGUGAUCAUCGCAGAUGACAUCGUCCUGCCCUUUGCGGACGCCAUUCCGUGGGACGAGAUUGGCGUGUUCGUGGCAGAGGACGACGUCCCGAAGCUGGACACUAUCCUUACAUCCAUCCCAAUGGAGGUGAUCCUGCGUAAGCAGAGACUGCUGGCGAACCCGUCGAUGAAGCAGGCCAUGCUGUUCCCGCAGCCCGCCCAGCCGGGUGACGCCUUCCACCAGAUCCUGAACGGGCUGGCGCGGAAGCUGCCCCACAACAAGGGCGUGUACCUGACGCCAGGGCAGAAGGCGCUGAACUGGACCCAGGGCCCCAAGGGCGACCUGAAGCCAUGGUAGGUAGCAGCCGCAUUAGCAUUACGCCAUAAGCUAUGCUGAUGUUCAGUCGGAAUCAGAUGAGAUGGACUGAUGAUGAGUAAAGCCCUGCCAAGCUAAGCCAAGCCAAGCCAUUACUGUCAAAUGUAAAGCUCUCCAUUCUACUACCUUGCUUCUUUUUGUGGCGAUGUGCCUGCCUGCCCUUCCAUUCCAUGUGUGACAAUUUUUUCCUUCGUUUUUUGUCACCCUAGUGCUAGACUAUUCCUGCUACUGUUGUAGGUGAUCUUGGAUCAUACUAGUAAUAUAUGUAUAUGACCUUUGUACUAUAUUAUAUACUUCUAAGGGGGGGAAAUAA